GCGGCAGGCGAACAUGCCUCGUAACAAAUUCGCGUCUUUUUUCAUCGUAGUUAUAACACUAUUUCCUCACGAUGUUUGUGGUCAACGCAAGCCUAUCAAGGAGGCUCUACUACUCAACAAUGAUAUCUACGCAAACGCUUCGUUCGAGGAUUGCGUGUGGCGAAGAGAUCGGGAGCCAUGUCCUGACCCCAACGUCAUCAUCAAUUUGUAUACGGAGUCGGAGCCUUUCAAGAAAACUGUAGAUUUAUUCAGCGAGGACUGGUUGAGACAGAGCGGUUGGGAGCCCUCGCACGAAACCAUCCUGUUAAUACAUGGAUAUGCCGGCGGAGACGAUACCUUGCCCAUUGUCGUACUCAGAGAUGCAUACUUACGUCGCGGCGGCUACAACGUGUUGAUGGUGGACUGGGGCGCCUUGUGCCAGCCGCCCUGCUACGUGGCGGCGGUGCACAAUCUGCGGCCUGCGGCACGCUGCGUGGCUCAGGCGCUGGGUGCGCUCCGCCAAGCAGGACUGCGCCCCGACAGGCUCACGUGUGUCGGACACUCGCUCGGAGCUCACAUGUGUGGAAUACUCGCAAACUAUCUCACAUUCAGGCUUAAUAGAAUUAUUGGACUGGACCCGGCACGACCUCUGAUCCGGUCUGCACCGGCGUUGCGGCUGGACCCGGGCGACGCGCGCGCAGUGCAUGUGCUGCACACUAACGCUGGCCGCUACGGGGAAGCGGCACGGCUCGGACAUGCCGAUUUCUGCCUCAACGGAGGCCGUAGCCAGCCCUACUGCGAGGACACGCCCAACGAAGCGCUAUGCAGUCACGUGUGGUCGAUCUGCUACCAGGCUGAGAGCUUGUUCCGCGCGCGGCAAGCGGCGCCAUGCGGCCGGCGUUGCUCAGUGCGCGUGCCGCCCGCGCGCGCAGCCGCCCUGCCCGUGCCACUAGGACAACCCGCACCCAUGACGGCCUCCGGUGCGUACUGCGUAGAGGACUUCACAGCGCCGUUCUGUCCAGCAACGUCUGGCCUGAAGGAGGGAGACUUGCGCUGCUGCCUCGACAAGCAGUACGAGGCAGCCGCCACCGCUCCCCCGCAGCGGCAGCGUCCUCGGCCCCUUGUGCGCCUGCGCGCGCAACGUCUCAAACCUGACCCCUUAGAAUAUAACUACCCUGAUAAUAUUACGGACUAUACUGUAGAAUGAUAUUGCACACUGACAUUCAAACUUUAUGGCGGCUCGCGAUGCUACGGAACUAAUCUUAGUGCGGUCUUUUGGAUAUCUAGUGACUCUCUAGUCGCACAUAAACAUGACUAGGGUUUUAGUCAGGACUUAACUCGUAGAUAUCCGAGCCGCUAUAAACUUUGAAUCUUAUAAUACUGAUUACUUUAAAUGCAACAUUAUUUUGUAACUUAAGUAAUGAAGAUCAUUUGUACGAUUUACUGUGCGUUUCCACUGCCGAAACAUUUGUAUAGAGACACAGAGAGAGAACAUAUCAAAGUAUAUAUGACAAAGUAGUAUUAUAGUAGGAAACUCUCGAUAAUGAACCAAGGAAGGUGGUACAAAUUACGACUAUGU